AUGGCGCCGGGCGCGAUCUCGCCGCCGCUGCGGCCCGUUUACGUAGUGACCAAAAGGAUCCGACCCAGGCCGCUCGAGCAGAGGCUUCCGCGUAAUCUGCAGACCAAGUGCGUGCUGGACAGAUCCCCCAACGCCAAGGAAGGAACCGAACCCGACGGAUGGACAACGACGACGUGCUCGCGGCCGUCCUCCAGCGCCUCGCGCUGCGUCUGCCGGGCGUGGCGCGCCACCAUCGACGCGCGCCGCAUGCUGCGCGGGGACCUCCUCCCCAUCUCGCUGGGCGGCAUCUUCGUCAGCCUGAGCCACGAGCCGGCGCCGCCGGAGUUCUUCGCCCGGCCCUCGGCGGGGCCCCGGAUCGCGGCGAGGCUCCAGGACUACGCGGAGGCUUCGGAUUGGCCGCACUUCAUCGACCAGUGCUGCAACGGGCUCCUCCUGCUCGAGGGUUGCGUCGUGAACCCGGCGACACGGCGGUGCGUGCGGCUGCCCCCCCUGAUAGGAGCGUGGGAAGCAAGGCCCUUUGUCCGGGAAGGGGCCGCCGCAGGGACCGUCGCCGGCGUGCGGUCCGCCGCGGAGCCUCUAUACCGCCACGCCGAUAACAAGUACCAAGUAAUAAAAUUGCCUGCGGGUAUUGACGGGAGAGUGUAUGAUGAAAUGUAUCUUGGGAAAUCGGAGAAAGGAGUGUACUGCGCGGUAAUUGAGAACCAAGACUACCGGCUUCAGGUUUUGCUCCUCGAUGAAUCUGAUGGCAGGAUGGAAUGGGUUUUCAAGUAUGACAUCAACCUAGAGCCCUUGGUGGUGCAUCUCUCUCGCAACCGUGAUGGCAGGAUCGACAGGCCUUGGACUUUACAGGAUGGUGACCGCCACAACGAUGAUAGCCAAGGGGUGAAGGUGCAGGAGGAUUUGCAGUGGGAUUCCGAUGACGAUAAUGUUCUUGGCAUUGAAGAUAGGGGUGAGAAGUUAGUACAGCUUCGCCUAUAUUUCUUUGUUUGGGUUUCACCCCUUUAAAGAAGUGGUCUUUUUGUUUCUAUCGAAUGAAGGAGUUUUGGCUUGCCAUUUCAAGAGCUGAAACAUUCAAGAUUUAGGCCCACUGAAAGUACCAUAUCUUGGGGAUGUUAUAGAUACUGCUUUUGU